AUGAACGCUGUAAGUGUUUAUGUAAACGCAGCGAAAUUGGUGCUCCAGACAACGGAACAAUCAACGGCCAAUGCCAGUACCAAUAAUGAAUUGCCACGGCAAUUGUUGAGUCUGCGGCAGCUGCUGUCCUGUGUGGUUUGUUGUCGUUUGGCAACAGAUCCCUUCUCGCCCAGUCAUGGACACUGCAACCACAGCGUGUGUCGCCUUUGUAUACGCGGUCAAAAGAAUUUGAAUCCUUCGUGUUUGCAUUGUCGCGAUAAUCGCGAUUAUAAGACCUAUGAGGAAAACAAGCAGUUGCGCUGUCUGUUGGUGUGCUACAAAAGCCUAUGCGAACAUUUACGUAGCAGUCCUGUGUUUCCUCAAUUAGCAGGACGAAAGCUACUGCAGUACAACGUAAUGUCGCCAAUGUUAAGUAUGCCGCAGAUGUCUUUGCAAGAUUUGAUCGUUGAAGGAGCCAGCUAUGACGACAUUAUGUCGAGCUUCACAAAAGACUUGCCCAAGUCUCAACUUUCCUAUACACCUAACACCCCUCUUCCAAAGCAGCAACCGCAAAUGCCGGCAUUAGUGGUGCCACUCUCAACUACAGCCGCCACACCUUUAGCACCGCUGCAACAAAACAUCAAAUGCUCAGGAAUUACACAGUCAACUGCACCGAAGGCCUCGACGCCACCCAUGUCUGUCAGUGGACCAAUUUCUAAUUUAGCCCAGACACAUGCACCAAAAAUUAAAGUCGAAACAACUUCGCCAACAUUUAAGCCUUUUUCGCAUGCGGCGGCGUCUGCGCCCACAAACCACAAUCAAACGCCCGCUCCACAACAAAGUUCCAAUACAACAUACAACCAGCCACAGUUAAUACAGCUUAACCAACUAAAAAAUGCUGGUAACAUUACAUACAUCGGUCCUAACACCAGGGGUAUUGUAGUGCCCAUAGUUUCUUCUUCCGGUACAACUGCAGUACCACUGUCAAUUGCAUCGGCUAGACUACAGACACUGAAUAGGCAGCUUGCGCAAGCAAGAGCUUUACAGGUAGUUUCUUCGGCAGCUACUCCCACUGCAACUAGCACCCAGCACACAUCAAUGUCGUCUUCUGCGGUAGACGUAAAGCCACAAUUGGCUACGUUUAAGGUAUCCUUGGCGCCAACUCAAUUGGCAAAAACAGUUCCUUCACUGAAUACGUCCCCUAUGCGCACAUCCGUAACAACCGCUACCACUACUUUAACCAAUGCAUUUACAACUGCUACCGUAACAUCGCAAAUACGUAAUCCACCUGCCAUAAAAACUGUAUCUAAUGGCUCUGCCAUGUAUUCCGUAUUAUAUACAGGCAUUGGCAAUAAGAUUACCAUAAAAAGGAAAACAGAUGGUGAUGAGGAUGCCAAUCAAAAGAAAAAUAUAACCACGUCUGCAUCCAACGCCACGAUUGUACGACCCAUAUCGAAGACCAUUAAUAAGAAGAGAGGAUGCCGUUGUGGCAAUACCACAUCCACUCCCGGAAAAUUGACUUGUUGCGGUCAACGUUGUCCUUGUUACGUGGACUCAAAAUCAUGCAUCGGUUGUAAAUGCCGUGGUUGCCGUAAUCCCCACAGACCAGAUGGCAUGAAAGUACGACCUGUGAUACCAGAACUUGCCUGUUAUGAAAUACAAAUGGCCGAUGAUCAUGGCAAUGUGAAUGAAUUACCAAUAGCAACUAGUUCGAAUAGAUUGGCGCCUGUAAAUGGCGAAGGCAAUGAAACAGUUUUAUCCUCACCAGCAGCAGCUACAACGCUCAAUCUGAAGCCAACGUUUGAAGGUGCAGCCACCCUGGUUGCCAGGAAUUUACAUUUAACUCCUCGAAGCAGCCCCCUGCCCAGUCCUUCAGCAAAUACUGUGUCGGUACAACAAACGUCGAAUAUAACGCAGGCGUCCUUGAGCACAUCUUCCACAACGUCGGCAGCACCGACAAUAUCAACUGCACCGGGUAAUAUUGUCCAAUUAGACCAAAUGCAACGGGAAUCUCUUUUAAUACAAAAUGCUGAAGGAAAAUUCCAAGUUGUUAACUUGUUUACUACCGGCUCAGCACAGUCCACAACUCAAGUUCCCGGGCUACAAAUGCUUCAAACACUACCUCAGACUGUGGUUUCAGUUUCAGGAAGCAGCAAUUUUAUUUUGCCCUCAACAAUGAGUACAACUGCCCAACAUUCGAGUUCGCCAGUAGCUACCGCAUCAUUGCCGCUCCUAUUACAUACGCAGCAACAGCAACAAAUAUUACAACAACAACAGCAGCACCAAACGAUGACUUCCCAAAGAAUUUCCACUGGCACGACCAUACCACUGCAGUUGCAACAACAAUUAAAACAAAAUAUUAUAACUGUCCAUACAAUAGGAUCCAAUGCAAAUGCCAAUACAUCCCCCGCCUCAGCAUCAGUACUAACUCCAUCGUCAUCCCCCGCCCCUACCACAGCCACUCUUACCUUAGCUCCAAUGAUGAUCAACAACCCACACACGCAGACCACCAAUAGCACAACAACAACUGACAUUCUGGAGAACUGUGCUGAUAUUAGUCAGCGUUAUACCAAUCUCGUUGUAACCUCUUCACCCUCGCUUACUUCUAGUGCAGCAUCGGUAGCACGAGAUGUCGCAACCACAUUGCCUGUUGUCUCAUUGAGUGGAGGUGGAACAAUAACCCAUCGCAAUGCAACAAUAAAUCUAAAAUCACUAGGUAGUCCCAAUACUUGA